ACCUAGCCAAUGAAUGAAUGGCACAGUGCGACUUGUGUGUUACGGUGCCAGGUCAAACAGAAGGAAGUCUUAACCACCCCAUGGCACUGUAAUAAAGAAGGCCACACCUAUUUCUGCUCUGCUCUAUUGAAGAAAGCAAAAGCGUUGCCCUUGUACCAGUUCCUACUGUACUUCAGAAGAUAAGACCAACUUCAGCGGAUUAAAAAAAAGUAUCUGGGUUAAAAUGGCAAGCAGCUUCGCACGGGUUUUGUCCAGUAAAAGGAAGGUGGGCAUCUUGUCGUUGGUCGGCGCGGGAUCUCUAACCGUCGGAUUCUUCCUGAAUAGGGAGCAGCAUGUCAAUGCAGGAGCGAACGUCCGGAGAAUCUACCCUCCUAGUGCUGAAUAUCCAGAUUUGCGGAAGCACAAUAACUGUAUGGCCAGUCAUCUGACUCCUGCCGUAUACGCGAAGCUGUGUGAUAAAUCCACUCCGAAUGGUUACACUUUGGACGAAGCUAUCCAAACUGGAGUGGACAACCCAGGCCAUCCCUUUAUAAAGACAGUAGGGAUGGUGGCAGGGGAUGAGGAGUCAUAUGAGGUCUUUGCUGACCUCUUUAACCCAGUCAUCAAAGAAAGGCACAAUGGUUAUGACCCCUGCAACAUGAAACAUCCCACUGAUCUGGAUUCCAGUAAGAUACGGGGAGGCAACUUUGAUGAGAAGUACGUGCUGUCGUCCCGAGUCAGGACAGGUAGGAGUAUCCGAGGCCUGAGUCUGCCGCCGGCCUGCACCCGUGCUGAGCGUAGAGAGGUGGAGAGGGUUGUGAUUGAUGCCUUGGCAGGCCUAAAAGGAGAUCUGGCCGGAAAAUACUACAGCCUCACUCUAAUGACCGACCAAGAGCAGCAGCAGCUUAUUGAUGAUCACUUCCUGUUUGAUAAGCCUGUGUCGCCCCUGCUGACAUGUGCAGGCAUGGCUCGCGACUGGCCCGACGCAAGAGGCAUUUGGCACAACAAUGAGAAAACCUUCCUGGUGUGGGUCAACGAGGAAGACCACACUCGUGUGAUCUCCAUGGAGAAGGGGGGCAACAUGAAGAGGGUCUUUGAACGUUUCUGCAAGGGUCUGCUAGAGGUUGAGAGACUAAUUCAGGAGAAGGGUUGGGAAUUCAUGUGGAACGAACAUCUUGGUUACAUUCUCACCUGUCCGUCAAACCUGGGCACAGGGCUGCGAGCUGGUGUCCAUGUUACUCUCCCUCGCCUCAGCAAGGACCCUCGUUUCCCUAAAAUCCUGGAUAACCUGAGGCUCCAGAAAAGGGGGACUGGAGGAGUGGACACUGCGGCUGUUGGAAGCACUUUUGAUAUCUCCAAUCUGGACAGGCUGGGCCAAUCAGAGGUCCAACUGGUUCAGACUGUGAUAGAUGGAGUGAACUAUCUCAUUGAAUGCGAGAAGAGACUGGAGAAAGGCCAAGACAUCAAAAUCCCUGCCCCCAUCAGCCAGUUUAAAUAGAAUGGCAGUCUUUCUUAUCUCCUCCCUUCUCCUGCCUCCUCCCUCUUGUGUGUUCCUUCCUCCUUCAAUAUUCCAUGAUAAUGAUCCAUAAGCAUGCCUCUGUGUUACGUCAGACAUACCACACUCCAGUAUAAAACAGGAGUGAAUGUAUCGUACAUCAUGAUUGUGCUAAUGUGGCGCUAUUGAUUUGUCACAUUGUAACUUGAUCGUGUUGCAAUAAUACUAUUAUAGCCAUUGUCAAGAAUUGCCUCAGGUGUCAGAGAAUUAAACUGAUGUUUUGUUGAAGAGAUUGACAAUAUAAAGUGCUGAAGGAUA